AAAUAUUGUUCUUGUCUCUGUUCUGUUCACUUUAAAUCUUCAUUUUUCUCUACAAACAAUAAUCAUUAGGACCCAAGAGUUUAUCAACAAUACAGAAUCUGAACGUUUAGUACUCAUGUCAUGUGAAGUGAAGUGAAGAAGAUCAACAAGAACAUUAAUUGUUUGCUAUAAUCUUCUAUGGGCCGGAUAGGAAUAAUUAGGCCCAGUAUCUAACACAUCAAACAAAAACACAUCGAAGUCGAAUCGUCGGUGGGAUAAUUAGGCCCAGUAUAUUCAAACAAAAUAACAUUUAACAGAUCCAAGUCCAAUGUUGUCGUGGAACGAACGUCGUUUAGAAUAAUUAAGCCCAGUAUUUAACAUAUCAAAGCCCAAUGUUGUCCUAAAACGACGACGUUUGAAUGUGGAACGUAAACAAUCCUGGAACAACCGUUUCAACUACCUUUUUCCUAUCACUUGUUUUUUCACCUCUCGAAGUCCUCCGAUUUGCUACCCUUACGCAGCCUCAUGUGUCAACCACCAUUUCUCUUCUUCAUCUUCGUCUCUAUCAAACCCUAAACCUAAAACCCCUUAUUUUCCCGCCAAUGUAUCAAUCCAUGAAUCUAUCAGUUUCUUCCAAUUUCACUCACCGAUCACUCCUCGAAUCACGAUUUCCUAUAUUCUCCACCGGAUUCCGCAAAUCCGUCAAUCUCAAACCUCCCCGUGUCUCAUCUGGUCCUGAAUCCAACGAUUCAGGUCACGAAACCUUAACCGAUAAGCUUAUCCAUCUCCUCAGAGCUGUUCCAGAUUGGGCAGACGAGAUUAAAGAGCGUGGGAUGCAGCAGAAACGCUCUCUCUACACACACGAGAAAUGGGUUGAACAUAGAAGCUCUCUUCGCCAUGUGCGUCAUCUACUCUCGAGCUUUUCUUCACGAGUUAUACUCUCCCUGAUUCCACCUGUUUUCUUCUUCACAAGCGUCGCGGUUGUGAUCGCUAGCUACAACUCCGCCGUGGCUUUGGAUUGGCUUCCUGGUAUUUUUCCAAUUCUUCGAUCCUCGUCGUUGCCGUAUCAGCUCACAGCUCCGGCUUUGGCUCUUCUUCUGGUCUUUCGUACGGAGGCUUCGUAUUCUAGGUAUGAAGAAGGAAGGAAAGCUUGGGUUGGGAUUAUUGCUGGAACUAAUGAUUUAGCUAGGCAAGUUAUUUGUUCCGUUGAUAGCUCCGGUGAUGAAUUGAUCAUCAAAGAUUUGCUUCUUCGUUACAUUGCAGCUUUCCCUGUUGCUCUUAAGUGUCAUGUGAUUUAUGGUUCAGAUAUAGCAAGAGAUCUCCGGAACUUGAUAGAAGCAGAUGACUUAUCUCUGAUUCUUCAAGCAAAGCAUCGUCCGCGUUGUGUAAUCGAGUUCAUUUCUCAGAGCAUUCAGUUGCUAAAACUAGACGAUGCAAAGAGAGAUUUGUUGGUAGCAUUCUUGAAUCCUUGAACUCUCUAUUAAAAUUCUUUGCUAUGAACACUUGACACCAAUAUAUGUUCUUUGCGUCAUUGCAGGAAUCAAAGAUGCUGCAUUUACAUGAAGGAAUUGGAGUUUGUGAACAACUCAUGGGCAUUCCGAUUCCUCUCUCUUACACACGCUUAACCUCGAGGUUUUUAGUCUUUUGGCAUCUAACUCUCCCAAUCAUUCUCUGGGAUGAAUGCCAUUGGAUUGUUGUUCCUGCUACUUUCAUUAGUGCUGCCUCUCUGUUCUGCAUAGAAGAAGUACUUUGUCCUCCUCCUCCUCCAUACUUACCCUCUUUUGCUUGAAUCCUUAACCAUUAAACCUUCUUUUUGGAUUGGAAACUCUGCAGGUGGGUGUUCUUAUAGAAGAACCAUUUCCUAUGUUGGCCUUAGAUGAGCUUUGCGAUCUUGUGCAUAGUAACAUCCAAGAAGCUGUUAAAUCUGAGAAAGUCAUACGUAACCGCAUCAUUGCAAAGAUAAAGCUCCAUGAAUUCAAGCACUCAUCAAAUGGUCGCCAUAGAUCUUGAUUACCGGUUGGUGUGAGUGAUGUAGGUUGUCUUCCCGAGGGAGCUAAGAACAUGUGAUGGCUUAGGUUAGCUUUGAUAUAUACGUAUCGUAUGUUAGAGUAAAAUUCUUUUAGAGGUAAUGGAGAAAGUGUUUAAGUGUUUUGAGAGAGUUUUUUAGGAAAUAGAACUUUUAUUACUUUGCUUUAAACUUGAAUACAACUUCACAACAUUGCAACAUUUGAGAGGGGGAGGAGGUAUUUAUAGCCUCCAAACUACAAAAUAUCUAAAAUAUUUUAAUCCU